AGUCUGCAGCAGCUUGCUAUUACACGACCAUCUGUCUCUCGACUCCGUCCUCCAAACGAUCUUUACGACACCAAACUCUCGCCCAUCAUGUCGAUCAUGGAAUACAACGGUGGCUCCGUUAUAGCCAUGGUGGGCAAGAACUGCGUUGCCAUUGCCUCAGAUUUGCGCUUGGGUGUACAAUCGCUAGGCAUUGCAUCCAACUUCCAGAAGAUCUUCCCCGUAACAGACCGGAUAUUCGUUGGUCUUCCUGGUCUUGCUACAGAUGUUACAACUUUGCAUGAGCAAUUCCGAUACCGCGUUAACAUGUAUACCAUCAAAGAGGAACGAGAGAUCGAGCCUGAGACGUUCGCCGCAUUAGUCUCAUCAACACUUUACGAGCGACGUUUCGGCCCAUACUUCAUUGAACCCGUAAUCGCCGGAAUGCAGCGAACACCGUCGGGAUCCUACAAGCCCUUCAUUGCCGCUACUGACCUCAUCGGCUGUCUAAAUUUCGCCAAGGACUUCGUCGUUGCGGGAACCGCAAGUGACAAGUUGUUUGGUGUUGCAGAAGGACUAUGGGAAGAGGAUCUGGGACCCGAAGAUCUGUUCGAGACGAUUUCACAGACGAUGUUGAACGCUGUGGAUCGCGAUACGAACUCUGGCUGGGGUGUAGUUGUUCAUUUGCUCACAAAAGAUAAAGUCAUUACUCGCACAUUGAAAGGUAGAAUGGAUUAGUCGCAUUGUUGUUCUUAUACUUCGCAUGUUUUCGCACUGUACUUCUCAGGGUUCCAAUCUACCAUUGCAACUAUACCAGCCCGUUGGCUGAAGA